ACGACCACGACCACGACCACGACGACGACGACGCCGACGACGACGACAACGACGACGACGACGACGACGCCGACGACGCCGACGACGACGCCGACGACGACGACGACGAGGACGAGAAAGACGGAUCGUUUGUGACGUUGAGAGAGAAGCACGCGCUACUCCGCCGCGUGCCGCGUCGGCUGUUAGGGGAAGAAAGAGAAGGGGAAAGAGGAGAAGACGACGUACCGAGAAGGAGAAGGCAACGUUGGUGGUGGUGGUGGUGGUGGUGGUGGUGGUGGUGCAGUUGCUGCCGGACGUGAACGUGUCGGUGAUAGUAGUAGUGGUGGUGCUGGUGGGGACGGGACCGAAAGGAAAGAGGUGCUGGAGGAGAACGACGGCGACGGAAAGGAGAAAGGGGAGGAGGAGGACGGUGGUGGUGGUGGCGGUGGUGGUGGUGUUGGUAGUGAUAGUGGUGGUGGCGGUGGCGGCGGCGGCGGCGGCGGCGGCGGCGGCGGCAACGACGACGGUGGUGGAGGAGGAAGAGGAAGAGGAGGAGGAGGAGGAGGAGAAGGUGGUAAAGGUGGAGGUGGCGAGGCUCGUGGCGGCGGCGAAGGAGACGCGGACGUCCACGCGGGUACACGAGGCAGGCACACCCGGCCGGCACGCACACCCAUAUUCUAAGAUGUGAUUUCAAAAAUGGCGGAUUGCCCCUAUGCCCGCUGUAUACAGGAACGCAGACACAUCCGACGGGAGCUGCUGCGAUGGACAAAGAAUAUGGUCUUCGUAGUCGUUGCGGUGGUGUCGCAGGUCUGGAACGAGUAGCGGAGGAGUUGAUGGGCCGUAGGAGAUGGAAGCAAUAUCAGGACACCCUGUACAGCGGCACGCGCAUCAGCGAAUCAACGACGACGACGACGACAGCGGCACAGCCCCUCCAUCGGCUUUACCCGGCGUUGUCACCGUCUUGCAAUCCGGUGCUCGGAAAUCUGGGCCAGAUCGGGCCAGCUCACCUGCUUCAUCCAGCGCCGUCGCCAACCGUUACGCCGGCAGGAGCUACGACGGUUCUUGCGACGGGUUUAGCGACGGGCCUGGCAACAGGGGUGACGACGGGGGUAGCGACGGGGGUCGCUACGGGGGUGGCAGGAGUGCCUGGGAGCUUGGUCGCUGCCACGGCUACGACGGCCACCGUCGUACCCACGAUCGGUCACCUCAAACAGGACGUCUCUUCUCUUCAGAGGCAUCAUCCUCAGAAUCAUCAUCAUCAUCGACAUCCUCACUCUCAUCUCCACACGCCGUCCUUGCUGGCCCAGGAUCAGCUCUAUCAGCAAAAGCAGCAGCAGCAGCAGCAGCAAGAAGAAUCCAGACGUUUGAGACCGGAGGAAAUAAAGAUCGAAGCGGACGAAGAAGAGUCCGUAGAAGCCAGUGGUGGUGGUGGUGGUGGUGGUAUCGUCGUACGAGAGAACGCGAGGACAACGGAUUUGGCGACGAGUACGACCUCGACGCAAACGACGAAUACGGGUACGGUGACGACGACGUCGACGACGACGACAACGACGGCAACGACGACCACGACCACGACCACGACGAGCACGUCGACGAUAACGUGCGUCGCGACGUCGACCGCAUCGGCUACAUCGACGAAUCUGCUCUCGUCGAGAAGACGGCGUCGAGCGAGAAGACAAAACGACGGGGAGGAGGCCGACGAGGCCGAGGAGGAGGAGGAGGGAGAGGAGGAGGAAGGGAACGAGGAGGAGGAUUCGAGGACGCGAGAGGAACCGGAAAAGCGGUUGAAACUCGACGAGGACGUCGAUAGGUCCGUCAGUCCUCACAGAACGGAUAUAGAACGAGCGUCUCGCAAUCCUUCGGCUACCAACGGCACGGACGACAACGCGGAAGGGACCAAGGAACGGACAGGGGAGCUCGCGUUGGAACGGAUACCAGUGACGCAAGCUUUACUGAGAGUAAAAAAAGAAGAGGAGUUACAGGAGGCGCCAGGUUUAGGAAUCGAAAGGACGACGACACCGGCAUCCGAUUCGGAAGGGACCAGAAGAGUCGGAGGAGCUGGCGGGGGUGGUGGUUGCGGUGUCAUCUCGAACGAGGCUGAAAUCACGGCGAAAACUAUCGUUCCGCCGUUUCUUCUAGCGAGUCGACGCACGAGUCCACCGCCGGAAGAUUGGAAGCCUCUCGACAAGUGCUACUUCUGCCUCGAUGGCAAGCUGCCCCACGACGAUCAAGCGCCGCUCAGUCCACAGAGCGACAGCAGCAGUAGUUCGCGAUCGGUGGAGUCACCGAUGUCGGUCCAAGUCGACCCAAUGGCGGCGUCCGUCGUCGCGGCCGCUCUCAGCGGUACUUACCCGACUUUAUUGCCUCAGUGGUGCUUACCACCAAGAGAGGCACCUCUCGUCGGGGUACAGGCUCAUCAGGACAGUGCCACGUCGGUCGAUCAACCACUCGAUCUCUCGGCGAAACCGAAAAAUUCUCAGGAUAACAACAUAUCUCCCCUGGAACAACAGAAAAUACCUCUGAGGAUGCCCACGGGUAUCGACUCCAAGAGCAUCUUCAACUCGUGUUACCGCGCGAAACCGCGUAUUGCCGUGCCGGUGACGGCAGCAGCGGCGGCUGUAGCGGCGGCGGCAGUGGUGGGUGCAGGGGGUAGCGUCAGCCGGAAGACUUACACCGAGGAGGAACUACAGGCUGCCCUAAGGGACAUUCAGAGUGGAAAACUCGGCACGCGAAGGGCAGCCGUGAUUUAUGGGAUACCACGAAGCACCCUACGCAACAAGGUCUACAAGCUUGCGAUGGAGCGCGAAAGGGAUGCGUCCCUCUCUAGCACCCAUUCACACCCUCACGAGUCCGGCGCCCCAGCCACUACCACCACCACCAUCACCACCACCACCACCAUCACCACUACAACACCACCAAAUACGACCCAAAACGCGACCACUCCGCCCCCGCAAGUGGAUGAGUUUAACACGCGGCCACUCGGCGUUCGCGAGGUUGCAAGACUCGAGGUGGACGAGAAGGAACUAUCGGGAGCGGAAGAGGAAAAAGAGGUCGAGAAGGCACUCCUGAAACCUUUGUUGUCGUUGGAAGACCUAGUAAGGUUUUCCGCGCUCGAAGGUAGCGGUGGAGAUUCCCUGAGGACUCUGCUUCAGCGAGGACAGGAUGCGGGUCAGGAAUGGCCGGGUUUGGAGCACGCAAACAUUGGUCCGUACAUUCAAAAAAUGUUGGCCGCGGCAGCACCGUUCAAAGGAAUAGAAACGCAAGACUACCGCAUUCCGGAGGUGAUGAGGAGGUUAAUGAGCGAGGAUAAGAGAUUGAGUAAGAGCGUGAACGGAGAUCAAGGACAGGCGCAGCAUCAGCAACAACAGCAGCUUCAACAUCAUCAGCAUCAUCAUCAUUCGGUAUCGGCGGUGGGGCAUCAACAGAGUAGUGGGCCGCAAACGGGCGUGCAAUCGGUGACGCAACAGCAAACGCAUCAACAUCUCCGGGCACCGAUGACCAACGAUGAUUUUAAUCCGAGCAUCGAGGAAGAGGCGAGCGAUAGUGCUCAAGGCAGAGCAAUAUUGAAGAUUCCGUCCUACAAGCCAGCGAGUACGCCAGGUUGUUCGAGUAACAAGAACGGCGAACCGACCUCGGCUGCUUUCGCUCAGGGAUUCGCGGCAACGGCUUCGAGUCCGAAUCUUCUGGAACGUGCUAGCCCGGCGUUCUCGGGGACGAGCAGCCCGACGAACUCCCUGGUCGGCAAGGCGGUGCCUGUUAAUUUUCGUGACGUCAUCGCGAAGAGCAUCAGCGUCAAGUUCCAAGAAGGACAACAGGCGGGCGUCACAGCUGGAUUAGCGGCUUGUCAAGGGAGUACGGUGGUGCAGCCGCAGCAACCGAUGAUGCCCGAGCCGAGUCCAUUCAAGAGGGGCCGUUACACGCCACCUCAGCCGGCGCCACCUGUCCAACAAGCGCAACAGAAUAAGCCGCAAAGUCAGGAGGCCAACAAGCCGAAACCCGGUACCGGUGGUAAAGGAACCAGACCAAAACGCGGAAAGUAUAGGAAUUACGAUAGAGAUAGUCUCGUAGAAGCCGUGCGCGCGGUUCAACGAGGCGAGAUGAGUGUUCAUCGAGCUGGCAGCUACUACGGCGUGCCGCAUUCCACCCUCGAGUACAAAGUUAAAGAACGCCAUCUCAUGAGGCCACGCAAGAGGGACCAGAAGCAACCGGACGACAAGACGAAAGACGGAACGAGUACGACGACGGCGGCAGCGGCGGCUGCAGCCGCGGCGGCGGCUGCUGCCGCGAUGAGACCCGGUACGACGGACAAAAAGGCACCGCUGAAGACUCAAAAGCCGUUCGCCCCGGCCAGCGGUAUCCCCGGUCCAAACGGACUGAAGAUGCCACCGUUCAUGGAAGGCAUGCCGCACUUACCUUUUCCGCCUUUCAACUUUUGGAGUCCCGCCCCGUUCUUACCUUCGCCGUUCAUGCCGGGCGCCGCUAACGUACCUACCAUCCUUCCGGAGCAAUACUUUGCGUCGCAAAGGAUGCGCGGCCUGCAAGAACAACAGAGAAGCGCGGCGAUAGUUCAACAACAGCCGCAUCAACAGCACUCGCAGCGAGAGAGAGAGGCCGGAGCGACGGUCUCGAGCACGGAAACGCCUGGUACGUCGACCGCGAGAAACGCGACGAUCGCGAAGGCACCGAGGGAAAUAACGGAGAGCCUUUACGACGGCAGCGGAGCGAACGGAAGUUUCUUGGACAAUCUGAUAAGGUCGAGCCUCGAGACCGGCAUACCCAGGGACCAGCGAGUCUUGACGGAAACGAGAAGUCAACAGCAACAAACGUCGUCGUCGUCGUCCACGUCGUCGUCGUCUUCGUCUCAGCAACAGCAGCAGCAGCAGCAGCAGCAGCAGCAGCAACAGCAACAGCAACAACAGCAACAGCAACAACAGCAACACCCAGAAACGAUGAGCGGCAAGGCUCUGAUCGAUCAGCUAUGUAGGAACUCGAGGAGGACACCGUUGCCGCGUAUAACGCAAGACAGUAGCGAGGAUGAGAGUUAUAGGGGACCAUCGGGAACCCCCGGUAGACUCGAGAGAGUACCGGAGAGACCGGAGAGGGUACCUACCGUUGAUCUCAGCCCGUCGCCCUCCGAGAGGGCUCGUACCGACGACGGCAGCGAUCGCUUGACCUCACCGCCAACGCCUCUUUCGAUCUCCCGUGCGGGAAGCAGGGACGAGGACAGUACUCGCGAUUCGAGGUUAGAUCGUGCCAGUAGAGAACGCGAAGUUCAUAACGGUGCCGCUCAGGAAGAUCGAGGUGCCCUCGGUACGCAGCAACAGCAACAAUUGAAUCAUUACCCGGACUUACACAAUCUUUAUGCCGUAUCAACUGACAAAAAAAGUGCCUGUGAUAGUAAGCUUAUAGUAGAUCAUUCGAGCCAGAAGACUCAACAACAGCAACAGCAACAGCAGCAACAGAAGGAAUACGCCGCGGUAAGCGGCUUGGUCGUGCAACUGCAGAGGGGCUACAACACCGGCAGCAGCAGGUCCGCCGAGCAAACCAACAGCCAGCAACCGGCGGAACAACGUGGCCCUGUCAUCGGUAUGGAAGACUCCGUAGAGCAGUAGACGAAAGUCAGUAUCAGUUAUCAGUAAGGUAUAGAAUUAUGGUAACGCUAAUCGGAUUUCGAACGGUAAAACCCUUUUUCCAUUCGGAAAGCCCUAUGUCACGCCUGUCUCACAUCCUUGCUAUUCGUCCUUGAGCGCGAACAGUUUCGUUCGAAUUCGACGAUUCGAUUCGACGAUUCGAUUCGACGAUUCGAUUCGACGACGGUCCACGAGAAAGAUCAGGAGACCGUUUGAAUGCGUAAUACGAGGACUAUCCCCGACUUAGGCUCCUAGGCUUCGUUCGAAAACUAUACUGUCGAAGAACUAUGCUAGAGCACUUCUUCGAGACCUCCCACGACGGAGAUCGGUGAAGAACGGUAAGAGAAACGCUUCGGUACGACCGAGUAAACUCGCUAUCAAUUUUCCAAAGACUCGGUAGAGAUCACCAGCCGUGUACGGUGUCCACGCUCUCGGUGCCGAUUUUCCUGCGAAUUCGGAGCAGACUAACGAUAAGAUAUUGAUAAAAGACACGAUACGAUUUAUCCACUACCACUGGCAUUGCCGAUUGCAAUCCUUUCGUACACGUAACGCAUACGCUUACAGAGGAAUACGAACGAAAUCGGUGAAUGACACACUGACGGAAAAACACACUAACACGGACGAGAAAUACGAUUUAUAGUAGGGAACACGAAGCAGCGUAGAGGCAACGCGGGCGGAUCCGCAUACGCGUUGAAUUUUUAGGAUUCCAUUUUCGAGUAUGUUGCGAAGAAGCAUACUCGUUUGCCGUAUACUAAUCUAUAAGACGAUCAAUCGUUUAAGAUCGAAGCAAAAGGAGAGCUAAUGCGUUUUAGGUGAAACGAAGAAAAAAAAAAAGAAAAAAAAAGGAUAAGACAAACGACAACAGCGUAUUAUUUCCUCUAUCGAUGUAAAACUACCUAAUGGAAACUUAUUACCUACUAUUAACAUUACUUAACUCGUAAGGAGCAACAUAAUUAUAUAAGGAAUGAUAUAUUAUAUAUAUAUACAUAUAUUUUUGGUCAUUACGGACGUAUGCGAAAUGAGAAACGAGCCAAGGCUUUUUUGGCGCACGUAGGUGACAUUUUUUCACAAGGCGACAAUAUUUCUCUAAUCUCAGUUCUCUUAAGGCCGGUGUUCGACGCAAACGCAUCAUCCCACGUUUAACGAGACGUUGUUUAGCUUGAAACGCGAUCGAGAGAAGAUAGGAAAGAUUUUUUCAAGGAAUUCAGGGAAGAAGGAUUUCAAAAGGACGUCGUAAAAUUCUCUACAAUUUUCUAAUAUCGGACUCGUCAAGCUCCUUUCUUUUAUUCUAAUCGAGGUUCGAGGAAGAGUCGUGCGAGCGCGUGUGUGCUAGGGAAGGAGAGAGACAAACAGAGAGAGAGAGAGAGAGAGAGAGAGAGCAACUCUUCGAAGGAUACCCUUUUAUAGUCUGUGACAUUAAUGGUGCUUCCUGAGGACGACCGGAAUACGGAUAUCCUGGAAAUAUUUUACAAACUAUUAAAAUAGGGUAUCCUCGAGACAUUUCGUUGAGAGUGAAAAGAUAGACACGCGUUUUUUAAGGAAAGAAUAACAGAAUAGACAAAGAGAAAGUUAAAAAAAAAAGAAUCACCGUACUCCUUUCAAGGAUUUUACGAAUCCGAAAGAAAUCCUUCUGACGCGAUCGUACGUUCCUUGAAUUUUCAUUUAAUAAAAAGGGACGGAUUUACGGAGAGUUUCGAAGUGGUAGGAAACAUAAUUGCAAACGAUAAAGAAAGAUUCUAACGAACGGGCGAGUCAAGUAAGAAGAAGAGAAUGAAAAGAAUGUAAAGUUGAAAAGUUUAACGAGAGAGAGACAGAGAGACGGAAAGACGGAGAGAGAGAGAGAGAGAGAGAGAGAGAGAGAGAGAGAGAGAAAACGGGGAAUAAAAAUUAUUGUAGAGGAAACGCGUGCUCUCGACUCGGGUCUUUCUACGUAAUACCGAAGUGCAGAAGUACAUUUUUCUUAAGCGCGAGUACGCCCGAUAACACUUUUUGAUACGAAUGCAAAUUUUCUACUACGUAGAGGAAGAGAUACAGCAGCAGCCGCGGCCGCAGCAGCAGCAGCAGCAGCAGCAGUAACGUCGUUGUAGUGAUCUCACUCGAAUUAGGGUUUCGUUUUUUCACCGGGUUCCACGAAUAACGAUAAUAACGAUGACAGACGAUGAUAACGAUGUUGAUGAUGAUGAUAAUGAUGAUGAUGAUGAUGAUGAUGAUGAUGAUGAUGAUGAUGAUGAUGAUGAUGAUGUCGAAUGCGUAGGAGCGAGUCUACGUUUCGGAAAGGUUUGCUUGUUUUUUUGAAAACGUUCUCUCUUUGGCCAGGAGGUUCUCGUAGAAAGAUAGAUCUCUUCGAGAGAUCGUUCAUUGAUAAUUCCAUAUUAGUAUCGCAGUUCGAAAUUCGGAUUGGAAAGGGACGAAAAUAUAGAAAACGAAAAAACGACGCUCGUCGUUUCUUUCGUAUGAUAAAUGAUCGGUUGGACCAAUGGGUGAUAUUAGUUAGACGGUGUUAGGUGAAAUCAAAGUUGGGGAGGGCUUAUAAACUUAAAACGAGGAGUGCAAGAGAGCGAUGACAGGGACGUAGAUAUCGCUAAUCCGCUUUUCCUCGCGAGUAACGAGUAACGAUGACAGAGGAAUCGGAUAAGAGGUAAGAGGGAGAAAAUAAAAUGAAACAUAGAGGGAGAAAGUGAAAGAGAGAAGAGGUAAGAAAUUUAGGAAGGAAGGGAAGAACGAUCCACGCACUCAUCUCAUGACACUAUUUUAAGAAAGAAUUUAAGAAGGAAUAAAGUAACCAAAAGAAAAAAAAAAAAGCAAGCGUAACGACUGAAAGACUUUAGGCUGUAUAUAAAGUAUAAGGCAUGUAUGUUUGGUGUUUUAAAAAUGCAAAAAUUCCUUAUUAACGAAAAAAAAAAGUUAUACCCUAUGCGAAAAAAAGUAAACAAUGUAAACAAGACUACUCUCUCGGUGUUUUUUGGAACUAAACUUAAAAAAUUUGUCCUAUUUAAAGGGAAAAAAACAAGUAUAAAAGAAUAAGGCGUGAGAAUAAUGAUGUAACUCUCUAAAGAAAAAAAAAAAAAAAAAAAAAAAAAAAAUACGCGCGUAAAAAGUCAAGUUAUUGAGUGUAAACGUUAAGGUCUUCUUAGGGUUAAACGAAACAAAAAGGUGAAAGAAAAAAGCGAAGCAAGCACUAAUCACGAUCGUGUGUAAAAUUUCAAAAAUGAAUAUACCUUCCUUCGCUAUCACUGUCCACAGUAAUUCCGAAGCGAUGCACGUCCUUUCUUCAGUCGACAUUUCUCAUUCAUCCUCCUCCUCGCCUCCCCCCCCCACUCACCCCCGCCCCCGGAUCCCCCUUCCUUACUUAGUUUCGUCACAGGAAAAAAAGAAAAAAAGAAACAAAAAAACCAACCACAUGAUAAUUUGUUCGAUGUACCGUCAUCGUCAUCCAUUUCGAUACCUGAAAAUCUUUCGUAAACGUUCGCUAGAACACAAGCAAGCUCGUUUCGCCCCUCAUCUUUCGAGGCCUUCAUCGUCAUCCAUUUUCCCCUCAUCUUCCCUCCUCACUGCACCCUCCUCGUUCCCUCGUCCAAGCUGCCUCCGGCAUCGCCGCGAGUACAUUGCUACCAUCACCGUCAUCAAUCACCACCGUCUCGCUAUCGUGCCCAGAAGGAAAAGCAACUCAGACCCUUUAUAAAAGAUUUAUCGUUAGAUGUGAAAGAAAAGGACAAAAAAAAAUUCAUGCAGAACUAAUAUUUAUCGUGAGGAUGAUUGUAAACGUGCGUACGCUAAUGAUUGUCGUUAAUUCAAUUACGGUUACGAAGUUGGUCGCGACGUUCGGUGCAAUCUAUAUCGAGAGUUGGAUCCCGUGACCUUCGUCCCGCGAGACUCACCAAAAAUAAUCAUUUCAAUUUCUUCAUUAACAGCCGAUGCAUUCAAUAAAAAAUCGUUCGUGCAACGAACAAUUCUACUAUAUUAUAAUCUUCUUUGCUACGUCGUUUUGUAUUUUUUCUUUUUUUUUUUCUUCUUCUUCUUUUUUCUUGUUUUUCUCGUAAAAACGUGAAUCUUCUCGAGUUCUCUUUAGGUUGACCAUUCGAAGAAUAUGAAAGUAAAAGUGUAAUCGAAUCGUUAGCUAUAUUUGAUCCUUUUUUUUCUACCAUCCGUUGCACGAUCGUCGACUUGCACUUUUUUCGGAGGAGAUGGCCGAAAGAGAAGAAUUCAAAAGACUAAUUCGAGUAAAUCAUUCGUUAACGUUGCAUAUGUGUGUCCAAUCUACCGUAACACCGGAGGAGACCUGCUGUUGAAUUGAGAAUGACAAAAGAAGGUAAAAAAAAAGAGGAAAGAAACUAGAACUAGAGUAUAAUAUGCGGUGCGAAUAGAAAAAUUGUCUCAAAGUGAAAUUUUGUCGAACUUCCGGUCGUCUCUUCCACCAUCGCGGGCGAUGCGCUAUUACGAUCCGACGAGAGACGGAUUGGUCGAAAACGGGGAGGAAAAGAAGAAAUCUUUAAGAAUUAAAAGAGGAUAUAUUAUAUUAAAAUAUCUGUGAUGUAAAAAGUAACAAAAUUUUGAUGUAUAUUUUUCACAAAUUAUUGUAACCAGCUAGUGUAUAUGUGUAAGGAUAUAACAAGAAAAAAAACUAUUAUAAUUACGGUGUGCGGAAAUAAAAUGAUAAGCGAGGGACUAAAAGGCAAGAAAGAGAAGAGAGCAAGGGUGAGAGAGAGAGAGAAAGAGAGAGAGAGAGCGAGAGAGAGAGAGAGAGAGAGAGAGAGAGAGAAUGAAAAAAAGGAGAAAGGAAGUUUAGGGGAAUGGAAGCCGCGGUAUAACGCGAAAUUACGUUGGUCCACACCGGUGGUCAGACGGGACCAAGAUGGCGGGCACUGCUCGGAAAACAGUCGGACUAAAAGAUUCCUGUUAUCUUUUGCCCUUUUCUAUUUUCCUUUUCUUUUCGUUCGAUCAUUCCGCGCGUUCAAAGAAAGGAAAGAAAAAUGUACGGCGGGCUCUUCGUUCUUCUCCUUCGAUCGGCGACUCGACUGUAUCAAAACCAAAAUGUUUCUUCUCUUGUUCUCUCUUGUUCUUAUUAUAUUCAGGGAAUACAAAAAUAAUAUAUAUACACACACACACACACACACACACAUAUUUAAAUAUAUAUUUAUAUAUUUAUAUAUAUAUAUAUUUAAAUAUGUAUACAUCUAUAUAUAAAUGUAUCAAAGUAAAUUCUCUAUUUCGCGAGCCGUCGUUCGUACGAUCAACGAAGGAGAAGACACGGAUUUUUGUUUCAUAUAAACCGGAAGAUUUGGUCCGAUUGGCCCUGAAACGACUCGAUGUUAGCUACCUCACAGUAUCGUCGCACGUUUGGUAUAUGGUUCGAAGGAAAGAUUUCCGUGUGUCUUCGAACGUAAAGAGAUCGAGAAUUGAUCUAUAGCAUCUCACGCGCGUUUCGAUAGCACCGUAAUUAGUAUUCAGGCCGAAUUGGUAAUUAGAAGUCUAGCUCUAGUUUUUCCGUGAAAAGAAUUAUAAAGAAAAAAGAAGAAGAAAAAAAGAAAAGGAAAGUGAAACAAGAAACUCUCUCUUUUUUACAUCAAGGUCAUCUUCGAAGAGCCUUUCUUUCUAUUUUUUAAUAAUAUUAACAGGACAACAAAUCGGGCAAUUCCAUAAAGAUGAGAAUAUUUUUCUAAAGUUCAAAAACCACUCGAUCUUUCUCGUCUCUUUCGAACGAAGACAUACGGUUUCUUGCCGAUGGUGAUUCGUACGUAAAUGGUCUAAACAGUUCCAAAUUGUGCCUAAGUUUCGAGAUUACGUUUUUACUACAAGACAAAACGCGAAAACGUUUAGUUCGAACGAGCUCGACCGACGGCGAAACGGUGAACGCGACAUGAGAAUAUAAAAAAAGAGUAUUAAAAGAGAAAGAAAAAAAGAAACGAAAGGAAUGCUACGAUGAUUACCUCCGAUAAACGUUCCAGGGCCGUCCGGCCGCCAUCUUGCGUUCAAUUUUACGUUCCGUUUUGUCGAAUAAGUGCAAUUAGGUACACAUAACACGCUCACACCGAUACACUCGCGAUUACACUCGAUUACACCCACACUGAUAAUACGUACACCAGGCACACACGCACACGAACACACAUUUUACAUACGUUAAAAUGAAAAUCUGAAGAAAACGAACUGUUACGCGCUAGGUUACCGUUUUUUAAAUUCUAUUUUCAAUUCACGCAUUCUCGAAUGUUGGGAUUUUCGUGAUCAACGAAGAGCUGGCCUGUCGUUCAUUAUAUAGGGACGCGCGUUUAAUGACACACUUUAACACACACGACAUUUAUACAGCAUACAUCACGCACACUCGUCGCAAGUGAAACCGACGUCGAUUCGACCCACGAUUCGAAAACCUAUCCUUCUUUUUUUCUCCUUCGAAUCUAACGUCGAUGUGAUAUUAGAUACUUAAAUUGAUCUAAACUCGACGAAGCCAAAUUUCUAUUUAUUCUAAACCAGUGAUCGAGAAGCUUCGAGAAAGUAAUCUUUUAUCGGAUCCUUGGACCUUUCAUUCUUUAACAUAUUUUUCGACUAAAUUCGAAGGAACAAGAAAGACAAUUCGAGGUUUCGAGCAUGCCUGAACCAAACGUAGAAAAGGAGGAAGAAGAAGAAGAAAGAAGAUGGUCUCCUCGAUCGAUCAAAAACUUGGUACCUUCCUGAUUGGCUUUAAUACGCUCGUAUAAUUCGUAGGUUCUAGUCAUGUAAUGACUCUAAAGUAACGAAAAAAAAAAGCAAAAAAUAAUCAAGAAAAAAUAUAAAAAAAAAUUGAGAGAGUGAGAGUGAGAGAGAGAGAGAGAGAGAGAGAGAGAGAGAGAGAGAGAGAGAGAGAGUGCGAGAGGGAGGAAAAAGUCGACUCUCGAGCGAGUUCGACCAUUUAUGUAUACGCAGAUCGAUUCGACAAAAAAGGAGACGCAAAGGAUAAGAUAUAGAAAAAAAAAAAAGAGGAAAAAAAGAAAACUAUGCGAAAACGACCGAUUUGUGUUCAAACGGGUGUGCUCCAUCGAAUCGGAGAUAGUCGUUUCGAUGUCGGUUCCAAAGUUCUAUUAUAAGAGAUAUACGACGAAGAAAAAUCGGAAGAUUUCAGCGCGAGAAUGGCAAGAUUGGGAAGCCAAACGCGCCUCCGACCGGCCGAAUUUGCGAAAUCCUCCUCGUAUCGCGACUGCCUGAGAUUUCUUUGCGAAGCUUGCGAUUGGCUAUCUGUCUGCGUUUGAUCUACGGCCUCUUUCCUAUUAAUGGUAAGAUUUUUUCAAAAUCGUUUCUCUUCGACAUUCCUACCUGCGUAUGAUCUCUCUGCGAUUAUUUGUGACAGAAUAAAAAUCUAAAUGCAAACAUCAAUUUAUACGAUCGAGCUGAUAAUGUAUUAGUUGAAAAUAAUCGAGUGUUAAGAUACAUUUUUAUAUAAUGAAGAUAAAGAUAAAGAUAAAGACAAAGAAUGAGGUCGUAGGUCACGUGGAAGAAGCGUUAUUCGUCCAUCAAAAGGUGAUGUAUUCUUUAAAGUACAAUUACGUCUUGUUCCAUAUAUACGAAUCGAAAUUACUUUCAUGUUCCUAUUUCGACGUUUAAGGAAAAGCGAACCAUCGAUUCUGUUCGCUGUCGGGCGAUGGUGUCCUUGUUGAGAGUCGCUGAUCUCACUUUUCGCUAACGACCGGUCGGAGAUGAUCGCGCGGCCGGCAUCUCGGUAGUGGGUCAGCCUAGAGAAACUUUUCGAAACUAGUAGGGAAAGAAAAAAAAAAUACUAGAUAAAUGGCGCUGGUACUACAAGACGCGGUGUUAGCGUAACCAGUAGUACUCGUAGUUUAGCGCUUUAGUCGUUUGUAUAUCGUGUUCUUUUCUAAUAUUCUCACUAUAUCAGCCCGAUCUCGGCGUGCAAUCACUAUUAAAAAGAAAACAAAAAAAGAAAAAAACAAAAAAAGAAAAAAAAGAAAGGAAGAAAGGAAGGAAGGAAAGAAGGAAGGAAGGAAGAAAGAAAGAAAGAAAGAAAGAGUAAGAUAAAUUUUCUCGAAAGGCGCGUCUUUUAAUUAAUAACAUUCGUAUCGAUUUCCCUGUCGUAUAAUAUAUGUAAUAUAAUAUAACGUAAUGAUAUUCUUUGUUAAACUCUUGUAUACGUAUACGUCGUAUACGAGUCCUCCGUUUUUGUUCAAUCGAAUUUCUCUGCUUGCUUUUUCCUUGUUUCAUUAAGAAUUAGAAGACGAGGAUUCGACGUAUAAUUUCGUAAUCUCCAAAUAUAUUUUUUUGUAAUACCUGUCUCAACGCGAGGAUAUUAAAGUAUAAGUAAAAAGUAUAUCGUAUGAAACAAAUCGACCGGUAUUUCCAAGUACGACCAACUAAAGUUACGGACCAAGUACGCUGAAGUUCCGGUAAAUCGAAUCAAAAUAGGAAACAGAAAAUGUAGAAAGAAGAUGAAGGAGAAGAAUGAAACGACGGGGAAAAGAUACGACGAAAAUGUACAAUAAUACAAAGAACAAAUAGGAGGGCGUAUAAACGGAAGAAAAUAAAAAAAGAAAUUAAAAUGAUAUCCCAUGGUACGAGCUCUUUCCUUCUCUCUUCUCGAUACAAAAGAGUAUACGUAUAUACCAAGUGCAUAGAAAAAUGUACGGCACGUGUAUGCGCGGCGAGGUCGGACCAUUCGUAUGCCAGGAAAGAUUUUUAAAGCUAAAAUAAAUCCGAAUCGAGGAGAGUUAAAUUAAUGCGAGAAUCCACCCAGAUAUCUCCGAGCAUUCCCCUUUGAAUAUAAAAAAAAAAAAUCACACACACACACACACGCACACACACACGUACACACGUACACACGAGAACAAAAAAAAUAAAUAAAACUAAUCGCCAGCAGCAGCCAGCGACAGCUUCACACCGCAAAAUUUUCCGGCAACAAGUUGAAAAAAAAAGAGAAAAGAAAAAAAACAUACACACAAUGACGUACACAAAAGUAAGAAAGGAGAGAAAAGAUAAAAAUAGAAAAAGCGAAAAAAAAUCAAAAAAAGAAGAGUAGAAAGAAAGAGAAAGAGGAAAGAUUUGCUAUACGUCAGAAUCACCCUCCCCCUUCGGACAACAAGCCCUGCUCCCUCCGUCGGCAAACGCUUUUGCGUAGAUCCGCUAAGCGAAAUGAAACUAACGAUAAUAAUAAUAAUAAUAAUAGGAAGGAAUUAAAAAAAAUAAAUAAAUAAAAAUCUUCCACGCAUUUGCAUGCAUGGUGCGUGAUAUUAAAAAAAAAAAAACACAAAAAACAAAAAAAAAGGAGUAAAUAAAUAAAUAAAUAAAUAAAUAAAUAAAUAAAUAAAUAAAUAAAUACAUAAAUACAUAAAUGAAAAUAUAAAAUAAAACUAAAAAUACGGCAAAAAUGUAAACAACACACAGGUACAAAUGGUACACAUACGCAGUCUGCUCUCUACAUAAAUGCCGCUGCAAGUGAUAUUGCAGCUUCCCGAUACCAGGUCGUCUCCUUACAGUUAAGGUGGACCGCUCGCAUGUCCUUCAUUUGCAACCUUUCGUUCUAAGGUAGAAAGAAAAGAAAAUGCUCUUUUUAUCUCUCUGUCGAGCUCUCCUUGUCUCUAUCCCCAUCUCCGUCUUUAUCUUUUUCUUUCUUUCUAUCUUUCGAACAAGGUCACCACUUUUUGAACUAUGCGAGCAUCAAGGUCCACCCGUGUCUUUCGGGUUGUAUACUCGCCCGGACACGAGGAACAAAAACUAACCGGCAACAACACGCAACAAGCGACAAUAGACGUUCUCUCAUGCGAAGAAUCUCGGUGAAUGCAGUCGCACGUCGUAUCGAUCGUACACACUUGCGCGCACACACACGAACCCACACACACGUUUUUUGAGAUACUCCGUUUGUUGAUAACUCGUACGACUUCUUCGAAUAUAUAUUAUCGAAGGAAACUAUAUUCUCUCUUCGUUCUAUUACAUCUAUGUAAUAUCUAUUUCUACUUCUCUACGACUGUCCUUUUUAUCAAAUAACAGUGCUACUUUGAUUAAAAACACUUUAUCCUCGAUCAUAAAAAACGAGAGGAUCUUUAUCGUGUGAAACGAUUUGAUGCGACGAUUAGGCGACUCGACACCGAAACGUGGUGCCGUGCCACGUAACGAAUCUAGAAAAUACGGAAAAAACUUAAAAAGCAAAACCUCUGAUCUAAAUGAAAGAAAGAAAGGUAAUGCGUUUAAAGUAAUGAUGAAAAUAAAAAAUAAAUAAAACGUUGAAAACGUAAAACUAAAGAAAGAAAAUAAAAAAAAAACAAAAAGAUAAAAAAAAGCGUAAAAAUAAAGGUAAAAUAAUAAUAAAUCUCUCUACGUCGUAUAAUUAAUUAUAUCCAAUGCAGUGAUUCAAAGCGAACGCAGAUGCCACGAAGAGCAAUGCAAUGCAAAGGAUCCGUGCCGACUUUUGAGAGUUCGUGCGUGUCUCCAUGUUUAGCCUCGCAUAUACUCUCGACAUUUCGGACAUAGGCCCCCUCAAAUCAAAACCCGCAGUCAGCACAGAUGAAGCGUUUUAAGCAAAAAAGCAAAAUAUAUAUAUAUAUAUACAUAUAUACGUAUAUAUA